CUCAAAGUUCACACGGUUUUCUAUGUUUUUGUCAAAAUGACUUCAACACCUAGUCUUGCGACAACGACUUCUGUGCCUGAAUUACAUGAAAAGUUUCAUUUGGAAGCUCUUGAUAUUGUUGUGGUUGUGGUAUACUUCGUCUUUGUUCUUGUUGUGGGAAUAUGGGUAAGUAAUAAAUACUCCUAUUACCUGGUGGAUGUUUUCAUUGUAUGAAGAGGGCAGACUGGUACAAUGAUCUGACACUGAAGUAGUACUGUGGAGAUUCAUUCAUCAGAAUUCUUCCUCACAUAAAAUAUGUUGUUCAAAUAUAUGCAAUAUUGACUAAAUAUAAGUAUAAAGUAUAAAGUAAUGUCAUUGAGAAAGCUUUGCUGUAACUAAUAUCUACGGACCGUAUAGUUUUAAAUUAAUUAUUUAUUGCAGUCCUCUGUCAGGGCAAACCGUGGGACAGUGGGUGGAUACUUCUUGGCUGGAAGAUCCAUGACAUGGUGGCCUGUAAGUAGUCUGAGAUGUUGAUGGUAUUGAACUCAAUGCAUUGAACUCAAAUAAACUCUAUGCAUUGAACUGAACAUUAAUGAUGAAAUGAGUAAUGCGUCAACUACAGAAAAAGUUAAUCAUGAUCCAGACUAUUAAGUAUUAUCAUCUAUUUGAAAUUAGGAAAGCAAUUUUUGAAUGACAGUGAACAAUUGGUUGAAAAUAGUUGAUCCUGAUAAUAGCAACUCAGCAAAAAAAUAAACGUCCUCUCACUGUCAACUGCAUUUAUUUUCAGGAAACUUAACGUGUAAAUAUUUGUAAGAACAUAACAAGAUACAACAACUGAGACAUAAACUGAACAAGUUCCACAGACGUGAAAAACAGAAAUGGAAUAACGUGUCCCUGAACAAAGGGGGGGUCAAAAUCAAAAGUAACAGUCAGUAUCUGGUGUGGCCACCAGCUGCAUUAAGUACUGCAGUGCAUCUCCUCCUCAUGGACUGCACCAGAUUUGCCAGUUCUUGCUGUGAGAUGUUACCCCACUCUUCCACCAAGGCACCUGCAAGUUCCCGGACAUUUCUGGGGGGAAUGGCCCUAGCCCUCACCUUCCGAUCCAACAGGUCCCAGACGUGCUCAAUGGGAUUGAGAUCCGGGCUCUUCGCUGGCCAUGGCAGAACACUGACAUUCCUGUCUUGCAGGAAAUCACGCACAGAACGAGCAGUAUGGCUGGUGGCACUGUCAUGCUGGAGGGUCAUGUCAGGAUGAGCCUGCAGGAAGUGUACCACAUGAGGGAGGAGGAUGUCUUCCCUGUAACGCACAGCGUUGAGAUUGCCUGCAAUGACAACAAGCUCAGUCCGAUGAUGCUGUGACACACCGCCCCAGACCAUGACGGACCCUCCACCUCCCGCUCCAGAGUACGGUCCUCGGUGUAACGCUCAUUCCUUCGACGAUAAACGCGAAUCCAACCAUCACCCCUGGUGAGACAAAACCGCGACUCGUCAGUGAAGAGCACUUUUUGCCAGUCCUGUCUGGUCCAGCAACGGUGGGUUUGUGCCCAUAGGCGAUGUUGUUGCCGGUGAUGUUUGGUGAGGACCUGCCUCACAACAAGCCUACAAGCCCUCAGUCCAGCCUCUCUCAGCCUAUUGCGGACAUUCUGAGCACUGAUGGAGGGACUGUGCGUUCCUGGUGUAACUCGGGCAGUUGUUGUUGCCAUCCUGUACCUGUCCCGAAGGUGUGAUGUUCGGAUGUACCGAUCCCGUGCAGGUGUUGUUACGCCUGGUCUGCCACUGCGAGGAUGAUCAGCUAUCCGUCCUGUCUCCCUGUAGCGCUGUCUUAGGCGUCUCACAGUACGGACAUUGCAAUUUAUUGCCCUGGCCACGUCUGCAGUCUUCAUGCCUCCUUGCAGCAAGCCUAAGGCACGUUCACGCAGAUGAGAAGGGACCCUGGGCAUCUUUCUUUUGAUGUUUUUCAGAGUCAGUAGAAAGGCCUCUUUAGUGUCCUAAGUUUUCAUAACUGUGUGUCUUAACGACCGUUCCACAGGUGCAUGUUCAUUAAUUGUUUAUGGUUCAUUGAACAAGCAUGGGAAACAGUGUUUAAACCCUUUACAAUGAAGAUCUGUGAUGUUAUUUGGAUUUUUACAAAUUAUCUUUGAAAGACAGGGUCCUGAAAAAGGGACAUUUCUUUUUUUGCUGAGUUGAUCUAUAUCCAAAGAUAUAAAUGGACACAAUUAUGUAAAUUUUGUUCUGCUGUCUCAGAUUGGGGCCUCUCUGAUGUCCAGUAAUGUUGGCAGUGGUUUGUUAAUUGGAUUAGCUGGCACUGGAGCAGCAGGAGGCAUCGCUGUUGGAGGGUUUGAAUGGAAUGUAAGUAAUAUGUUAAGUGCAUUGUGAAAAAACACCAAGAAGAUAAACAAUGGAGAGGAAAUCGAGUUAUUACAGUUUGUCAAUAUUUCCAUCAGGAGGUGGACGCCCUUUAUUUUGAAGACCUAUCUAGAGUAUUUCAGUUUAGAAUAAAAUACCCCAUUUAUGAGUUUCAUGUUUCACAGGCAGCUUGGGUUCUCAUUGCUCUUGGUUGGAUCUUUGUGCCUGUCUACAUCUCCGCUGGUGUGGUAACCAUGCCAGAGUACCUGAAGAAGCGGUUUGGGGGCCAGCGCAUCAGAAUCUAUAUGAGUGUUCUCUCCCUCCUCCUCUAUAUUUUCACCAAGAUAUCAGUACGAUUCUCUCUUUUUUUUUAAAUCUAAUAUUUUAAGUAAAGGAAUUCAGGGUGUUUGUUGAAUAUUCUUGUUACCUCUGCUGACAGACAGACAUCUUCUCUGGCGCUCUGUUCAUUCAAGUGUCCCUGGGCUGGGACCUCUAUCUCUCCACAGUGGUGCUUCUUCUAGUAACUGCCCUCUACACUAUAGCUGGUAACUUUUCAUCAUAAUCUACCACAGUCAUUUAUUCAUUCAUUACAUGGGAUUAUUUGUUAUUGAUUACCAUUGGCUGUUACUGAUUCCAGGGGGGCUGACAGCAGUUAUCUAUACAGAUGCUGUCCAGACGGUCAUCAUGGUGAUAGGCGCAUUCGCACUCAUGUUCAUAGGUACUGUUUUUAUGUUUUCUAUAGUAUAAGUUCAUCGGUAUACAGUAUACACCCCUAAAUAUGAUUUUGUCUAAAACUACUUUAGUAUCAUAGUAUAUAAUUACUUUAUUAAUUAAUGAUUGGAUGAUUCAUUGUAUUCAUUUUCAAACUGACCCUUGAACUUUAUAUUCUUUAGCGUUUGACAAAGUGGGAUGGUAUGAGGGUCUGCAGGAGCAAUACAAGGAGGCCAUCCCCAUAUUGACUGUGCCCAACACUACAUGUCACCUCCCCCGGUCCGAUGCCUUCCACAUCUUCAGAGACCCAGUGACGGGGGACCUGCCCUGGCCUGGCCUGCUGUUUGGCCUCACGGUGCUGGCCACCUGGGUGUGGUGCGCUGACCAGGUAUGAAAUGGCACUUUUGUAGUUGACUUGCCUUUUGUAUUAUAGUCAAGUCUAAUGUGUUAUUUUGACCUAUUAUUUAGAUUUUACAGUAGACCAUUACAAAGAAUCUCACAUUUUUGGUGAGGCAGGAAAUUUCCUCACGUAAUUGACCUUGUCCUAACCUGCUCCAGGUGAUAGUGCAGAGGUCUCUCUCAGCCAAGAACCUGUCCCAUGCCAAAGGAGGCUCUGUGCUGGGAGGUUACCUAAAGGUCCUGCCUAUGUUCUUUAUCGUGAUGCCUGGCAUGAUCAGUAGAGCACUUUACCCAAGUGAGUUCUCACUUUGUCUAUACUAAAUCCAAUAUACAACAAUGGUAUUGCCCUUGUUUAGAAGUUUUAUAGUAUGUUAAUGUACUGUGUAUUACUAUAUUGUCUCUUUAUGUCUGCAGAUGAGGUAGGCUGUGUUGACCCCAUUGAGUGCCAAAGAAUCUGUGGAGCCACUGUGGGCUGCUCCAAUAUUGCCUACCCUAAACUAGUGGUAGAACUUAUGCCUGUUGGUAAGACAUCCGCACACACGCGUCAACAAACUGAAAACACACUUACUAUUGAUCCUAUUUUUGCAAAGGUUAAAAUGUGAUAUCACUGUAUGUGUGUCUAUGUAAUUCUAUGAGGAUGUUUGUAUUUUAAAUCUGACUCGCCCAAUCUCACUCUGUCCCCUCAAGGCAUGCGGGGGUUGAUGAUUGCAGUAAUGAUGGCUGCCCUCAUGUCCUCUCUGACCUCCAUCUUCAACAGUAGCAGCACCCUGUUCACCAUGGACAUCUGGCAGAGGGUCCGGCCACAGGCCUCCGAGCCAGAACUCAUGGUAGUGGGCAGGUAGGUAAUGCCACUCUACCUGUUAAAGAAAUGUACAGCAAUGUCUUCUAAACAUGAGUCAAAGCCAGUUGCUUGACAAUAGCUGUGUCUAAACAUGACCAACUUUUUCAGGUUCUGCUUUAGUUUGCUCCAGGCACUGUUCUAUUUUGUGCUACAAUUCCUUUGAGUCCCCUGUGAAUAAUAAGCUUAGUAUAAAAUCACAUAACUAAACCUCAGAGGACAUUAUACAAAAUCUAUACAGCUCAAUAAAAGUGUCAAGAAUUUUCAUUUUCACCCACAUAAAAACCAAAGUAUGUCCGGACAAAACAUUUUUUACCCAAAUAACAAGUGAUAUCAUUUUUUUCUCAAACAAUAAUAAAAGUUGAAUGGAGCAAGCAUUAUUUGUCUUGCGGGAAUUCCCUGUUUCAAACAUUGUCUUGUUUUGAAUGCUAGACUUAAGGUAUAUAUCCCAUUAAGAUGUCUAUUUUAUGGAGGUAAAUUAAGUUUCCCUGCCCCAUAAUCCAAACCCAUGACCUCUGGUCCAAAGUCCAAUGCUGUAUAUACUCAAUACUGUUACAUUUACAUACUAGAAAACAUGACAUGGGGUUUUCUAAAUUAAAACACUUUUAGUAAGGCAACGAUUCCUAACAAAAGUAACCUAUGUAGGAUUCAUUAUACAAUACUUUAAACCGUAAGAACCCUCACCUCCUGUCUGUGCUCAUCACCUGCAGGGUGUUCAUCUUAGUGAUGGUGGUGCUCAGCAUCCUGUGGAUCCCCAUCAUCCAGUCAGCCAACAGUGGACAGCUGUUUGACUACAUCCAGGCCAUCACCAGCUACCUGGCUCCUCCCAUCACUGCUGUCUUCAUCAUGGCGAUCUUCUGGAGGCGUGUCAAUGAGCAGGUCAGAUCAAGGGUUUCAUCACAUUGUUGUGUGUUUGUCAUAAAGCACAUUGUUAAGAUUCGAUAUAAAACACUGUCCCUUUGUGUGUGUGCGUUCAAUGUGGGUGACUGUUAAUACAGGGAGCCUUCUGGGGUCUGAUCGUGGGCCUUGCUGUUGGCUUGGUGCAGAUGGUGCUGGUGUUUGUGUAUGGAACCCCAUCCUGUGGAGAGAUGGACAUACGGCCAGCCUUCAUCAGGGAUGUCCACUACCUGUACUUUGCUCUCAUCCUCCUGGCUCUCACUGGCCUGGUCAUCACUGCUGUCAGCCUCUGCACUCCGGCCAUUCCAGAGCACCAUGUAAGAGUUCCACAUUUACUCAUCAUAAACAUUAAACUGACUUGCAAAAUAUAUGGUGUCACUUAUGGGAUUCAUUUAAGUUAAAAGAAAAUAACAUGUACAGGUUUUAUGACAUUUUAUAACCUAUUCAUUCUUCCCCUCUUCAAUCCCCCUGCAGCUCCAUCGCCUGACAUGGUGGACAAGACACAGCAAGGAGCCGCGCAUUGACUUCGAUGACCCAUGGACCACAAAGCCCAGGACACCACCCACAACACCUGACCCCAGCGUUGGGGAGGAGGCUGCUGUGGAGGACAGGCCGUGCUGGAAGCGCACGGGAAUGUGGCUGUGUGGGAUGUCUGGGCCUGAGAAGAAAGAGUUAACCCUGGAGGAGAAACAUGCAUUGGAGUUAAAACUGACCAGCAUUGAGGAAGAACCAAUCUGGCGGAAUGUCUGCAAUGCCAACGCCCUCAUUCUACUCACUAUCAACAUAUUUCUGUGGGGCUACUUUGCCUGAAUUAAUAUAACUCUCCUUUUGAUUAUAGAUAUUAUUGAAUCACAUAUUGUUUAUUUAAUUAUUAAUCACACACAAAAUGCUAAUUGGUUUGCAAUUAGAAUGUCAAACAAUAAUGGUAAUGUUGUUUUUUGUUGUUGUGAUUUAGACUUUUUAUUGCCAAAACUGUCUUCUGUAUGUGGGUCAUUCUACAGAUUCGGUGCCUUUUGUGAUUG